AUGGUACCUCCUACGCACCCUGCAGCUAGUCCAAGGUCCAACCGUAGUCAGUCCACCAAUGUACCGAUUUACGACCCUGUACCAAAGUGCGACGGGGCACUUGUACGACCGAGACAACACAUGAGUGAUAUGAAUAAGUACCGCAUAGAUUUAGGACUUUUCAUACCACACAUCGAAGCUACUGGAAACUACGAUGUCAACGGAAACGUGUUACUAUUACCGGUUAGAAGUAGAGGAGAAUUUUGGGCGUCUUUCGGAAACGUGACGGCCUUAGCAAAAUUAUAUGGAGUUGAGGUGAAUAAAGAAGGAGUGAAAUUCAUGAAAACUGAAAGAUUGGGCAUUGGGUUUAAACUGGAGAAAUCAGAUUUUAAGAUCAAAGAUGCUAUUAACAUGCAAAAUGUCAUAGGCGAAGCAAUGAACGUAUUCUUGAAUGAAAAUUCUGCAGAGAUCAUUGAAGAAAUGAAACCYGCCGCUUCGCAAGCCAUUGGCAAACAUUUUAAAAAUUUCUUGAACAACGCGUUCUUACAAAUUCCACUUAAAGUGUGGCUGAAAGACUCUGAAUAAUUUACUAUAACUUUUCAUGUCUAUCAUUUGUUUUGUAAUUUCCUUUACCAUUCCAAUACUAUAGUGAGUAGUUUUAUUUUUAAAAAUCAUAUUAUUCUCAUAAUAUUUGUAGUUUUAUACUCGUAUAUUUAUUUAAGUUACCAUACUUUGAACAAAUAUUAACAUAGAAUUUCUAUUAUGUAAA